CGUUCCCCAAACUGAAAGUGAAAGGAGGAAAACUGGAGCCGUUUAGCUGCUAAAUCGCUGACGCAUCGCUGAAGACGGUAGAACGCAGAUCAAAUCCACUCCUAACGACGUGUUUUCGCUCCUGCGCUGCUGAAACUGGCCUACAGCUCGACCGAAGAUGCUGAAUUCAUCGACCCAGUGUGAGAUGACAAGUGGGGGGUUCUGCUUUGAUAACGCUCGCAGAAAUGCGGUGUUGGAGGCAGAGUUAUCGGAGAAGGGCUACAAGGCACCCAAGGCCCGGAAAACUGGCACCACUAUCGCUGGGAUGGUGUUCAAGGAUGGCGUGAUACUCGGGGCCGACACACGGGCUACAGACGACAUGGUUGUGGCCGAUAAAAACUGCAUGAAGAUCCACUAUAUUGCACCCAACAUAUACUGCUGUGGAGCCGGUGUUGCUGCAGAUGCUGAGAUCCUCACCCAGAUGAUGUCUUCAAACAUAGAGCUGCAUUCUCUCAGCACUGGACGCCCUCCUCUCGUCGUUACUGUGACCCGGCAAAUCAAGCAGAAGCUUUUCAGGUAUCAGGGGCACAUUGGCUCGUCUCUGAUCGUGGGCGGUGUGGAUGUUGACGGCCCCCAGCUCUACAGUAUCUUCCCUCAUGGCUCCUAUGACAAACUGCCCUUCCUCACCAUGGGCUCUGGAGCAGCUGCAGCUGUUUCUGUAUUUGAGGACCGAUUUAAGGCAAAGAUGGAGCUGGAGGAGGCUAAGCAGCUGGUGCGUGAUGCCAUCACUGCGGGGAUCUUCUGUGAUCUGGGCUCCGGCAGUAACGUGGACCUGUGCGUGAUCACGGAGAAAGGAGUGGAUUAUCUCCGCGGCUACGACCGGCCUUCUCAGAAGGGCCAGCGGGAGGGCAGUUACAGGUACAAGCUUGGCACAACACCAGUCCUGACCAAAACGGUCACUCCACUAACCCUGGACGUCGUAGAGGAAUCCAUUAAGACCAUGGACACCCAAUGAAACUCCACCAAAUCAGCUCAUUUUAAACUUCUUUUUUUUUCUAAAUAACUGGAUGAGGAAUUACAGCAACACAUUAAAGCUUUGAUGUGAGAACA